CUUCUGGUAUGGGACGCCGCGUUAUAUUACAUACACAGGAUGUUCCACAGUCGCCACUUUUAUCAGCGAUUCCACAAACUGCACCACGAAUGGCGAGCACCGGUGGCGUUGACGGGCAUGUACGUUUCUCCGUUUGAGUUCGCAAUCAGCUCUAUGCUACCCCUGUACCUUGGGCCGGCUAUUAUGCACUGUUGCCUUUUCACAACGACCAUUUGGCUAACGAUCGUCGUUUGGGACAACCUAGGAGAUCACACCGGUUACCAUCUCCCAUUCUUGGGUAGCUCCGAAGCACACGAUUACCAUCAUCUAAAUUUCAAUCAGUGUUAUGGUAACUUUGGGCUGUUGGAUCGUCUUCACGGUACCAAUGCCGAGUUUCGGAAAAAGAAGGAAUAUCAAAGACACCGUCGUAUUUUUGGCUUCAAAUCCGCCAGGGAACUUGUGCCAGAGAAAUAA